UCACCGCAGUCCCAGUGGUAGGCCAAGGUGAUGCUCCUGUGCUUUCAGUGCUCCAGGAAGGCCAUGGCCCAGAAGGACAUAAAGAUGUUGAGGAACACAGUUCCCAGAUGGUCAAAGAGCUAGCCCAGCUGCGAGGGAGGGAGAGAGGGCACACUGCAGGGCCUGGCCCAGCACUGCCUUCCCAGUAGCCAGGCCCAGGUACUGGGUCCCAAACACCUAUCCACUCCCUGGCUCACCUUGGCCAUGGGGCAGAUCUUGGAAAUAUUCCAUGUGGCACAAGUAUUGCAGAGUGGGCACAUGAGGAAUGCACACCUGCUGGCACAGAUCUCCUAUGAGCAAAGGGUACCCAUCUUGGCAGGGUCUAUCCUCAACCAGACAGCUGACUCUGCCCACCCAUCUCCCCUUUCCCGCUCCCAGUCACUCAGGCCGGUAUGUCGGUGCCCGUGGUGACUAGGCCAGAAAUAAAGACCAGGGUGCCCACAAGAGAAGCAGGCAGCAGGCUAUGUAGAAACCUGCAGGGGUGACAGCACGCUCGUGAGCCCCCAUCUCUGUGCUCGACCCCAGCUCUCAGCCCUCACCCCCAGCACCAGACUCACCUAAUCAGGCAGAGUAGAUAGCCUCCUUCUCCUCAGAGUACUCUUGUAUGUGGUCCAGGGGCUGGUACUUGUACCAGCAUCCCCAGUGCACCCACUAUGAAUAGAGUUAAUUGUUAAGGGUUGAGGUCUGCACCAGGCACCUGGUACCCCAGCAGUUCAAAGGAGCCCUAAAGGGCUGCAGCAAAGCCCCAGAAUUCUCUCCAUAUGCCUCCACAGUGGGAGAUGGCUAGGCUUGCCUCAUCUCUCCCUCAUACAGUGGGGAAGGCUGCAGCAUAGACUCCCUCGGCCAGCAGAUGAGCAAUGCCCAUCUCUGCACAUUUCUGUUUCCUGUAGACUAUUCGGGCCUGGAUCUCUGCCACCUGCCAGAAAGUAUUCUGGCAUCAAUUCUGCCCCCUUAAGGUUCCAGCUGGACCUUCCUCCACAGGCAGUCUUCUCACCUCUGGUGCCUCUGUGUGUUAGAGAAGUAGGAGUCGUGGGAAUCGCUGCCCAGGAAUCUGUGAGCAGAGCAGGGGUCAGAAGCUGAACUCUCUGUCAAAUCCGGGGCUCAAUACAACGGGAGUGCAGUCUCUACGCUGAAGACAGGGAUAAAACUUACCAGUUGCUAAAACCAGAGAGUCCUACUACCUACAAAGCUCAGCCUAAGCUGGGUGCGUUCCAGUCAGUUGAGCACCUGAGGGGGAUUGAACAAGUGGGAAUCAGGGACGGGGAGCUGCUAGGGCAUGGCCUGGACCCCAGGCUGCGGAAAGGGCACGCCUGAGACCUAAAGUGAGUUAAGCAGGAGUUGCCUCCCUGGCAAACCAAGAGGGAGCAAAGGAGCCUUGAUUUGACUAAGACUGCGGCUGGCGCCCCUCGCCUCUAUCGGAGGCCCCGCCCACCCGGGGGCCACCCGUCAGCCUCACUUGUCUAGCUUGGCGCCGCGGAAGGUGCACGUGUAGAAGUCCAGCGGCUUAUUGGACAAGCGUUGCUGCAGAGCUUUGCACAGGCGCAGGCGCCGCAGCAGCUCUGCCGACCCGUCCGAGUCCGGGUUAGGUCGCGCCUGGAAGACAAGUGCAGAGUCACAGCACGUGGUGUUCUUCCUGAGCCUCAUCGUCUGGCUCGUGCCCGACGUGCCAGCCAUCCUGGCUACCAAGAUCAAGCGCGGGCGCUACCUGGCCAAGCUGGCACUGGCAGACAACCGGGUGGCACUGCUUUCGCAGGGGCGCUGUCCCUGGAGCCCAGGACGUAGAGGCGAGUGAGGAGAGACUGCCCUUCCACGACGCUAGUUCCCCCAAGAUGCUUCCUUCAUUGGGGUCCUCUGCUUCCAGCCAGGGGUCUGGGCAGUACCUUGGCCAGCGGCCUCAAGGUUGCCUGGGAGCUGGGAUGAGAGGGUUAGGGUUCUCUGAAGACCCCUAGUCCUGCCUUGCCUCUCCAUGUUCCCAGUCUCCUGCUCUAUGUGCGGUGCUGACAAUAAACCUCUCUUUGUGCCCCAUUGUGACAUCUCUCCAUGGACACCUGGUCCCCACUCACUCUGUGCAGUGUCUUCUCAUUACAUGAUGAUGCUCUGAGGGGCCAAAGUAGACAUGAAGGAGUGAAGGGACCUAACCACUCUGAACCGAGUGGUCACCAUUUGGUAGGGAGAGUUCAUUAGUGUCUGGGUGUGGACCUCUUAUCCCAUGUGCUAAUCAAAGCCUAUAGUGUGUAAAUAACAAUAAAAGAGCUUAGCUAGAUCAGCUGAGAUACUUCCCAAUGGAUUUUCACACACUUUUCACCAGAUCCUUCCUAAAGCCCAGUGAAGCAGUACUGGGCAGUGGUUAAGGACACAAAUUGGUGGUGGAGUCAGACAGACCUGGGUUUGAAUAUUAGUUUUGACUUUUAUUUGCUGUGUGACCUUGGGCAAGUUCAAUGUCAUUAUCUGUGAGAUAGGGAUUUCAUAGAGCCGAUGGGAGAUUUAAAUGGGAUAAUGUGCUUAACCUGUGCAAGCCUCCUUUCCUCAUUUGAUUAAGUGGGAGAAAUAACAGUAUCUAUCUUCUAAGGUUGCGGUGGAGAUUAAAUGAAUAAAUAGAUGUGAAGUGCUCAGAAGGGUGGCCGGCACAUAGUCAGUGUACAAUUAGAAUUAUUAGCAACAUGAGUAUUAGUAUUUGUAUACAUACUUGUAUUAAGUGCCUGGCAAUUACCAAGUGCUCAUAUAAAUGGCAGGUAGUAUUAGGGAGAAAGCAACUUCCCAACUUUCUCAGGUUUGUGAAGAUUGCAUGCCAGGUACAGAGUAGGCCCUCCUUACUAAAGGCUGGUUCUACUUGGGCUAUUUGAAUUGGUUUUUUGAGGGUUCAUUCAGUGUGGGCUAGAGCCUGGGAAGUCUGGUGGAGGAGGCUGCUGGAGGUGGUGAGGUGGGUCAUUAUAGGCAGCAAGGGAGGAUGGAUGGUUCAUGAGGAACUGGGAUGCUGCAAGGGUGACCAGGAUGGUGCCAGAUGGUCACAUCACAGACUUCCACAAUUUUCGUCUCCCAACCAUAGAGACAAGUGUUCCCAUUUUAUAGAUGCUGUAGCCCGCUCUGAGAGAGUCAGUACACUGCAGAGUCCUCAGGGUCCCUGAGAAGUCUAAGGCAUGGGAGUUUCUCUGCAAAGGUCCCAGGAUGCUCCCCAGCCCCAAGAAGCCCCCUGCGGACGUUUCACAUUUGGGAAGCUCCAGAAGAUGGGUGACCUGUCUCCUGGGAGGAAAAGCAGUGCCUCUUCCAUCUUUAAGAUGUUAGUCUGGGGUCCUUCAGAGCCUCUCCUGGGCAUAGGACUCCCAUUGUUCCAGCCCCCCUCUUGUGCCUCAGACUGGCCAAACCGGUUCUGGGGAAGGGGGGCGGGGAGCAGGCACGUUGAGACAGCCGCCUGCCCGCCUGCGAGGUUCCCUCCGCCCUUGCCUCCCCUCUCCCUGCCCCACACAAUACCUGGGAGCUUGCAUUGCCUGGCUCAAGGGCCAUGCUGACAUCGCCCCCUGAGGACCUGGCUGCAACCCCAGAGCCCCCAGGGUGGCCUGGAGCCCUGGACGUGCUGGAGGCUGGACGGAGCUCCCUGGCUGAGUUGACAAGGGUGAGGGGUUCUUCCUCACCCUCCAGGGGCUUCCAGAACCCAAGUGGAGAGAAUCUCCCAGAAUACAAAGGAGCAGAGCCAGCUGGGCAGAGAGAGGGCUUCCCCUGCCGGAGCAGCCGAACAACAUCAGCAGCAGGCCUUGGCUGGAGAGGCCCAGGUGGGUGGCAGAGAAACAGAGGAAUGGACUGUGGGCCACCUGCCACCCUCCAGUCCCAUCUGGCUGGGCCACCUGGCACUGCCCACUACCCAGUAGCUGUGUGCCAGCAGGAAAGUCUGUCCUUUGUACAGUUGCCCACCCUGCAGCCCCCAAGUCCUGUGUGUCUGGAUCUCUUCCUCGUCGCUCCAGAGGAGCUGCAGGCGCCUGGCAGCUGCUGGUCCCUGGGGACCCCUGCUCCUCUCCAAGGGCUGCUAUGGCCAUCAUCCCCAGGAGGCCCAGACACUGAGAUCUCUGCCAGUGCGGGAAUGCGGCCCAGCAGGGCUGGCAGCUGGCCACACUGUCCUAGUGCCCAGGCCCCAGCUCCAGAGGGACCCUGGAUUUCCCAGCACCCACAGCCACAGCGCCGGGCCAGCCAUGGCUCAGAGAAGAAGUCAGCCUGGCGCAAGAUGCGGGUGUACCAGCGUGAAGAGGCCCUUGUGAGCCCCGAGGCCCAUCCUGUCUUCCUGGAGCCUAGCCGGGUGACAGAGCAGGCACUGAGCACAGAGGAGCCUGGGCCGCUGGAAAUGCCUGGGUCCACCCGAGUGGGCCUCGAGGGGCCUGAGCGGAGGCGCUUCUCAGCCUCUGAGCUGAUGACUCGGCUGCACUCUUCCCUGCGCCUGGGGCGGAAUUCUGCAGCCAAGGCACUGACUCCAGGGUCAGGCACUGGAGUUGCCCAGGAAGGGAAAGCGUCUGCAAUGGAGUCGCGCAGUAUAGAGAUGAGGGUGGACGCUAUGGCGAUGUCAGCCCCUGUUGACCUGAGCAGGGGCCAUGGCAGCUGGCCCGAGCCCAGGCUGGAUGCGCAGGAAGAGCCGGCUCUGGGUUCCAGGAGCGCCAGCGAGCGGCGCCAGUCACGGUUCCUCCUUAACUCCGUCCUCUACCAGGAAUACAGCGACGUGGCCAGCGCCCGCGAACUGCGGCGGCAGCAGCGCGAGGAGGAGGGCCCUGGAGAAGAGGCGGAGGGCGCGGAGGAGGGGCCCGGGCCGCCGCGUGCCAACCUCUCCCCGAGCAGCUCCUUCCGGGCGCAGCGUUCGGCGCGAGGCUCCACCUUCUCGCUGUGGCAGGACAUCCCCGACGUGCGCGGCAGCGGCGUCCUGGCUACGCUGAGUCUGCGCGACUGCAAACUGCAGGAGGCCAAGUUUGAGCUGAUCACGUCGGAGGCCUCAUACAUUCACAGCCUGUCGGUGGCCGUGGGCCACUUCUUAGGCUCAGCUGAGCUGAAUGAGUGCCUGGGGGCCCAGGACAAGCAGUGGCUGUUCUCCAAACUGCCCGAGGUCAAGAGCACCAGUGAGAGGUUCCUACAGGACCUGGAGCAGCGGCUGGAGGCAGAUGUCCUGCGCUUCAGUGUGUGUGAUGUUGUGUUGUACCACUGCCCGGCCUUCCGUCGCGUCUACCUGCCCUAUGUCACCAACCAGGCCUAUCAGGAGCGCACCUACCAGCGCCUGCUCCUGGAGAACCCCAAGUUCCCCAGCAUCCUGGCUCGCCUGGAGGAAUCUCCCGUGUGCCAACGCCUGCCCCUUACCUCCUUCCUCAUCCUGCCGUUUCAGAGGAUCACACGCCUCAAGAUGCUGGUGGAGAACAUCCUGAAGCGGACAACACAGGGCUCUGAAGAUGAAGACAUGGCCACCAAGGCUUUCAAUGCACUCAAGGAGCUGGUGCAGGAGUGCAACGCUAGUGUGCAGUCCAUGAAGAGGACAGAGGAGCUCAUCCACCUUAGCAAGAAGAUCCACUUUGAGGGCAAGAUCUUCCCGCUGAUCUCUCAGGCCCGCUGGCUGGUUCGGCACGGGGAGCUGGUGGAGCUGGCACCACUGCCUGCAGCACCCCCUGCCAAGCUGAAGCUGUCCAGCAAGGCGGUCUACCUGCACCUCUUCAACGACUGCCUGCUGCUCUCUCGGCGGAAGGAACUGGGCAAGUUUGCCGUUUUUGUCCACGCCAAGAUGGCCGAGCUGCAGGUGAAGGACCUGAGCCUGAAGCUCCAGGGCAUCCCUGGCCACGUGUUCCUCCUUCAACUCCUCCACGGGCAACAUGCAAAGCACCAGUUCCUGCUGAGGGCCCGGACGGAAAGUGAGAAGCAGCGAUGGAUCUCAGCCAUGUGUCCCUCCAGCCCCCAGGAGGACAAGGAGGUCAUGAGUGAGGGGGAAGACUGCCCCCAGGUUCAGUGUGUCAGGACAUACAAGGCACUGCAGCCAGAUGAGCUGACCUUGGAGAAGACUGACAUCCUGGCAGUGAGGACCCGGACCAGUGAUGGCUGGCUGGAGGGGGUCCGCCUGGCAGAUGGUGAGAAGGGGUGGGUGCCCCAGGCCUACGUGGAAGAGAUCAGCAGUCUCAGUGCCCGCCUCCGAAACCUCCGGGAGAAUAAGCGGAUCACGAGCGCCACCAGCAAACUGGGGGAGCCCCCCAUGUGAUGGGCAGCCGUGGCCUGGGACACCAGCUCCACACUCGGCUCCCGGACAGGUCUGGAGGCGCCUGCGGUGCCUCCAUGCCCCAAGCUGCUGCUGCUGGGGCUUCUGUUCUGAGGCCUGGCAUCGAGGGUACAGGCUGGACACAGGAGGGGUUGUCUUCGUGCUCCUCGGCGUCCAAGAUUCAGAGCUGAAGGCAGUUUCUUCCUCUGGCUUGGGGGCCACGACAUGUGACCUCUGAUGUCUGGCAAGGACUUGGGCCCUCUCCUUUUCCUGCUCUCGACCCUGCCUGACUCUGGGCCAGCUCUGGUGCUGCUGGGUGCUGGGCCUAUAUGUGUAUGUAUAUCUGGAGUCUUCUGGCCUGAGCCCUUGUGGGCCCUGGUUGCUGUGACUUGUCUGUAAAUAAACUCCCAUAAUGCCUUUGC